AGAAGAAGAAGAAGAAGAAGAAGAAGCAGAAGCAGCAGCAGCACAGGAGGAAUGCACGUGUAGAUUUUGUUACAGUUGAAAUAUUUUUGUAUCGUAUUGAUCGACACAACGCUGAUGAUGUCUGCGUCUGUAAACAAGAAAACAAACGGUGGAGAUGCUGUUUCAAAGGCAGAAGCUCUCGAUAGCGAAGAGGACUCUCCUAUUGUGAGCCGCACACGGAGCGGUCGCAGACUGCGGACACCCGCGGCCAAAACCCCCGUCCGCCGGACCAGAAAGUCUGUUGUGCGAGAAGAUCCGGCAGAAAGCACCGAGUCUCGGCAGGAAUCCCCACCCCAUGAGUGUACAGCAGAUACUCAAGGCGAUCAGUGCAGUCCAGAGACAGAACCAGUGUGUCCAGAUGUGUCUACAUCAGCAGCUGUCAGUCAAGAGUCAGUGCCGGACACUGCAGGUUUGAUAGGGUCAGAUCAGACCAGUGAGAAGGAAAAUGUGGUAAAUAAUACAGAGACUGAAUCCACUGGUCCCACUGACCCUAAGAAAAGGGCCAAAAAAAGGACUCACUCAGAAUCCAGUGAGAAGAAAAGUAAGAUGGUACCUCUUGGGAAACCUAAAUCUGGAAGAGUAUGGAAAGACAGAAAUAAGCAAAGGUUCUCCGCUCUGUUGAGAGACAAACCUCUGCGUACAUCAUGGGAAAAGAAGAUGGAGGCCAAGAGAGAGAAGCAGCUGGUGAAGCAGUACCACCAACAGCUGAAAGAUGAGCAGGCCAGAGAGAAAGAGGAGAAAAAGAGGAGGAGAGCAGAAAACCUGAGAAGACGAGCAGAAAAUGAAAGAAAAGCAGAGAUUGUGCAAGUGAUUAAGAAUACGGCUAAGAUCAAGAGAAUGAAGAAGAAACAGCUGAGGAAGAUUGAGAAAAGAGACACGCUCUCGAUGGUGCAGAAAACACCACCUAGUGUCAAGAAGGGCGCAGGGAAAACAAACAGCAGCUUGUAGAGAGUUUCAGUGCAGUUAUGCGAGAGAAUCUCAUCAGAUCUUAGCAUGCUAUUGUUGAUAUACGUACACGUGUAGUGCCUGUUGAAUGGACUGACAUGUGAACCUCACAAUGGAAAAUACUAGGGACGUGUAAUAAUGUUGGAUUGGUGACUCUAAGUAGGGUUGUGAAUCUGCUAUAAGUCUCUGGGUUUGAUGUAAUAUGUUUACAACGAAUUAAAAAUCAAGCUCAUGGAUAAUGUCACCAGUCAUGUUUUUUUUAUGUGAUUGUCAUAUUAAAAAACAAUUUAAGUAAAUAUCUUUAUAGAUAAAUCAGUCAAUUCUCCCUGGUUCAUGCAUGUAAAAUGAUUUUCUUUUUGUUACUGUUUUGUAUAAAGAGGUUUCAUUUUCAGUAUUACCAUGGGACUUUCCACUCUGUUUCCACGGUUAGAUAUGGUAAUGUAAUAUUUAUCUAGCUGAGAAGCUUAUACACUUUCAGUAUCUUGGGUACUUUUUACAUGGUGAGGUGGAGUGAUCUGUACUUUUCAGUCCAAAACAAUACAAAACUAUAAAAACUACAGCCCUAGAAGGCAAAAACAUAAUGUUCAGAAGUGGUGAUUUAAAGUUGUACUCCUAAAAUAAAAAGAAAUAAAUAAUAAAGAAACAAAUGAGAGAAAUAAAACCUCAUGACUUGU